AUGGCCAACUUCAGGUCGACUUACCGAACUUACGGUGGAGACCGGAAGGUGGAGGUCGUACACGGAAAGACGUUCAGCGCCAACCAGAUCUACAUCACUAGAACACGCUCACCGGAUCCACCACCUCCUCCGCCUCGUAACAGCAGAGCCAAGAAGAGCUCUUCUUCGUCUUCGUCAAUCAAAUCGUGGAGCUUUAACGAUCCCGAGAUGAAGAGGAGAAAACGAGUCGCCAGGUACAAAAUUUACGCCGUCGAAGGGAAAGUUAAAGAGUCCUUCAGAAAAGGCAUUCGUUGGAUCAAGAACAAGUGCUCCCAGAUCGUUCAUGGUUUCUAG